AAGUGGACGGAGCGCCCGGGAACGGGGGGGCGGCCGCCGCGUAGUUGUUUUGCCCGGGGUAAGUUGACCGAUCCCUGCGGAGGCUUCGCUUGGAGCGGGCAGCGCUUGGCUCCCGGAUAACCUGUCGCCCCCAGGCCCCGGGCAGGGGGGGCGCCUUUUUUUUUCCUUCCCCCCCCCCCACCUCCUUUGGUUUGUGGUUUCUUUUUAUUAUUAUUAUGAUGAUGAUGGGGUCUGUGGGGGAGCAGAAUUUCCAGUCCGGCGUUGCUCUUCUUCCUUGUCCAAAGCUCAACGGAGAACUAUAAUAUUUCUUUCCCGAGAUGCUGCAGUGAAUUUUAGUUCCAGGAAAUCAGGCGAACGAAAUAAUCCGAAUAACCCGAACCAUUUGUUACCCAGUGAGAGCAAAAGCAGUCUAGGCACAGAUGAUGGCAAAAAAUUCCUUGGAAGGGUCUAAAGAAGACCUGAGCAAAAUUUCAGAAGAGGAGAUGCUGAGAUGGAGCAAGGAGGAGCUGGUGAAAAGACUAAGGAAAGUGGAGAAUGAAAAGAUGAACUUAAUGGUGGAACACGGCAACUUGAUGAAAGACGUGAACCGUCGGCUGCAGCUUCACCUGCACGAGAUCCGCGGGCUGAAGGAGGUGAACCAGAAGUUGCAGGACGACAACCAGGAGCUACGGGAGCUCUGCUGCUUCUUGGACGACGACCGGCAAAAAGGCAAGAAGCUGUCAAGGGAAUGGCAGCGCUUCGGGAGGCACACGGCCAGCGUAAUGUGGAAGGAGGUGGGCAUGUACCAGCAGAAGCUGAAGGACCUGGAGGCAAGGCAGGAGACCCUCCUGCGGGAGAACGUGGAGCUGAAGGAGAUGGUGCUGAUGCUGGACGAGGAGCGGAGCGGGGCCGGCUCGCGGAGCUCCAUCGACAGCCAGGCCAGCCUGACCAACCUGAACGGCGGCUCGGCCACCAGGGACGUGGGGGACGGGAGCAGCACCUCCAGCACUGGCAGCGCGGGCAGCCCCGACCACCAUCACCACCACCUCCACCACCACAAGGCCGGCGACAGCAAGGCCGGGGCCAUGCGGAGGUCUAUGGAUGACCUGUCUGCGCCCCUUCACCACCGGAGCAUCCCGAACGGCCUCAAUGAUUCGUCUUCCAACUAUAUCAGGCAACUUGAGACAAAAGUGAAACUGCUGGAGGAUGACAACAAGCUUCUUUCCCAGCAGUCCAGCACGGGGGACCUGAGGACUCUGAGGAAAGGAUUGUCCCCGUACCACUCUGAGUCACAGCUCUCAUCACUGCCGCAGUAUCAAGAUGCCCUGCAAAAUGGACCGGGUCGCAUGACAUCUGAUCUUGCAUCUUCUCCUGCAACAGGGUAUGUCCCUGUUGGUCAGAAGCCAGAGGCUGUGGUGCAUGCUAUGAAGGUCCUUGAGGUCCAUGAAAAUCUGGACAGGCAAAUGCAAGACAAUUAUGAAGAAGACCUAAGUGAAAAGGAGAAGGCGAUUGUUCGUGAAAUGUGCAAUGUUGUCUGGCGAAAGCUGGGUGAUGCUGCGAGCUCCAAACCCUCCAUCAGGCAACAUCUGUCAGGAAACCAGUUCAAGGGUCCCUUGUAGGAACACCAUCCUGGUGACUGGAAGUGAUGGAUUCUGUGAAGACUAAAGAGGCAGAGCUCAGUGUUUCUGGCUGCCUGUUCUUUAGGAUUUGGGGUUGAGUUUUUUUCAGGGUUUCCUUUUUCUUCUUUUUUUUUUCCCCAGCUUUUUUUUGUAACAAUAGUGUAAAUAUGGCAGCUAAAGGCCUGAUUUCCAGGCUGUGGUGCUCUGGAACUACUGUUCAAUGGGUAACCAUCCAAUAAUGCCAGACUUGCAUCAUUUGUAUUGUAGUCCAAAUCUGCUUUGUUGUAAUGGUCUGUUUGUAGAAUUAACUAACUCCAGAGAAUUUCUAAGAGGAACAAGAAGAACCCUUGACCUGCGGAGAAGUCACCGUUUGUACUGCUCCUGUCCACCCACUUGUCAGUGAUUCAUAGCUGGGUUAGUGGCUCCAGGCAGCACUUUCCAAGGAAAAUGCAAGUCAAAUUCAUUGGCUUACUGCCUGCCAAGUUCAUGAGCUGCUAACACUUUUUUUGGAGGUCCUUCUUUUGAAGAAUGACAUGCAACUGUUUUCACAAGGCUCUGUGUAAAACAUUGAGUGGCAAGCUAAAAACACUUGUACCACCAUACUUUGUAUGGUGGUGCUCAUCACACAAGCGUACAGAAAGGCUUGAGACUCUGUAUCAGCUGUUAAUGAACUAUUUUUCAUGAACAAAUGACACAAGAUUUCUGCAGUUGUAAUGUGAAUGAAGUCAUUUAGCCACACACCAGUAUUCCCUACAAAUAUGGCAACACUUUUCCUAUAAAGCUUUCACUACAAAGUAAUUCAGCAGAAACUGCCAUCCUAGCAGUGCUUAUGGCUUUCACAGGAUCUUCAAGAGCAGCUCAUCUUUCACAUAAGGAAGAUUUGGGUGGGUUUUUUUAAUGUUCUUGCUGGAUCCCUCACCUAUACUGGUUCCUGUGUAAGGUAACCAAACAACAACCUUGCAGAGCUGAAUAAAAACUCCAUAAACACGGGCUGUCAGGUGAGACUGCUUCCUGCCAUUCAAGCUUUAUUUUUGUGAAUGAACCAAAACAAGUGAGUUUUUCCUUCUUCAAAUGGUUGUAUAUAAAACAAUGGAAGUUAUAUUUUGCUGUUGUGGAGUAGCUGCCUGUGUAGUUGUAAGAAUUUGACUCCCUCCUUUUCCAAGUUGUCACAGCAGCUGUCCCUGUAUUUCAUUAGAUGUUCUUUCCCAAUAGUCCAAGGAAGCGGGGCUUCGUUAUUAGAACUCAUUUCUGUAACAUAAUUUUAAAGACAGGCAUGUGAAAAGAUCAAAGCCUCCUCUUCAAAAGUUGCAUUGAUUUUAGUGAUUAUUUUGAAGAUGUAAUGACCUCAAACACCAUUCCUUUCCUUUUAUUCUCUGUAAGAAUCAGUCACAGCUACAGACAGCUGAAUUAGCUGGACAGGUUCUUCCUCUUAAAUUAAUUUGUUCUACCAGUUGAGUUCUUGACUUGUGGCAUUGUAUAAACAAGGAGCACCGAUACAAUACCAAGGAGCCCAUGCUGCAACUUAUGAAAGGUAAUUGGUCCCAUGGCGUACAAUAAACUAGCUGCCUGGGUGAAGAAUUUGCAGUGUCAAGAGCCGAAACCUGUAACCAGUAAAAAAAUAGAGAAGGAAUACAACCGAAAUACACAGUAACCCAUAAGAGUAAGAACCACGUCAUUAUUUGUUGCAGAAAUAAAAAUGUAACAGUUGAGUAGGUUAUUUAAAAACAACCAAGAACCACCCCCGAAACUCAAGUGCAUAUUCUCACUCACACACUCACCAGUAGAUUAUUUCUUACUAUUGCUCAGUCAGUGAACACUGAGCUAGCUAGCUCUCAGUCUAAUAGUAUUUACAUCCCAUGGAGUCUGGAAAAAUCCAUUCUAGAGUCUAGAGCCUUAAGGCACAGGAACUUUAGAGGAUUCUGGAUUUCCCCAUCUUCGCUUUCUGUUUUGACCUCCAGUUUCUAGUCACCAUUGACAAUUACUUGUCUUCCUGCUGUACGAUUUGUACCUUGAGAUUUCCAUACCAGAAAAGGUGAUGCAAAGCAGAGGCAUCAUUCUUUCUUAGCAUCUAAUGUCAAACAGGGUUACUUUAAUCUAUCUGCUUGAAAGCCCAUUUUAAUUUUGGUGGCAUCUAAUCACUGGAUUAAGCAGAGAAUUUAAGUAUAUUUGGAACAAGGUUAUCUUAUGUCAGUGAAUUUUAACUAAAGCAACGCAAACGUUGCCAGCACUUGAAGAGAGUUAACUGUGUUGAUGACAUGCUUGCUGUUUAAGGCGUAUAUUAGGCUAGCAGGUCCUCUCCACAAGAGAAGAGCUACAUUAAUCAGAGUACUGGUCUCACCAGCUAUGUAAUUCCCAUUCAAAUAUUUCCUGCUAUCAAAUUUCUCUCAAAGUCUAUUCAAUGACUUCAAGCAAAGCUUGUUUUGUUCUACCCGCAGAUCUCACCUACAAGGGAAACAGUGCUGCAAUUGAGGUCAAUUCAGUAAUCCUGAAGAGCCAGUUUACAGGGUAGCCAGCAAUUCAUCUGAACAACCUUUAUACUUAGGGUACUGCCCAUUGAUUUUUUAAGAUUCUAUUUGGCAGCAUCAUCUUCAAUGUAAGAUGUGCAUCACUGAAUUUGCAGAAGAACACAACAGUGCUGUACCUUGGGGUGUUACUGUUCGGAGGUUUUUAGGCUUGCUACUCAUCAUACUUAGCUCUAUUUGAGCUAUAAAGUGUCUUCCUGGGGUAAAAUGAUGAUCAAUGACUUUACGGGAUGACUUGGGUGCUGAAUUUUCAGCUGUUUAAAAGGUAUUUUAUAUGCAUAUUUAAAUUCACUAACCUAUGUGCUAAGUCUCCAGUGAAAACUACCUGAGGAGCUUUGUACAUUAAGUUGGAGGAGAGCAUCCCUUGAAAUAGUGGCCAUUAAAUUGAUAUAUUUGGCGCAAUAGCCCAAGAUAAUUUCCUCAAGAUUGAAGCCCUGGGUUCUGCAAUCCUCUGGUAAAGAAAGCAUCCACUGUUUACAAAAGGACUUUGCUUGCUUAAGGAAAGUAAAAUCACAUCCUUGACUUUUGUUGGAGUGACUGAAGUAAGCAGCAUUUUUCCUAACAGUUCCUGAAAUGCUGUAGUGUAACCAGCUUCAGUUGGCUCUUCGCACCUUGAUAAGACUGCCGAGCACAACCUUGUUUGAGAAUGGCACAUUUUUAUCCAAAUAUUAGAUAUUAAAAGAAAUCAGUGUUAAAGUGACCUUUUAUCUUUCUAGAAACUGUGGGGGAAGAGUACUACUGAUCUUUUUCAAAGUGCAUGACUGUAAAGUGAUAAAAUUGUAUAUUUUUCAUAAUGUGGGGAAAGUCUAUUUGUGCUGCUUUAGAAAUCAGUUUAAAGUUUGAUUUCUGUUAAACCUGUGAUCUUACAGCCCUGCUAUAUUUUCUGUAUAUGAAUUACAAUGAACUGGAAAAGUUAGCACCUGCUGUUGUGUAUAUAGCAAAAUUCUUUAGACCUUAGCACGCGUUUUUACCUAUUAUUGAACCACUCUGGCUUUUUUGGGGAGGGAAAGUAAUAGUACAGAUUUUUUUGAUAAUGUGUGUAAAACAUUCAUUUGAAAUAUUUUAGUAAAAAUGAAGUAAGAAAUUGAUUGUGAUAGUGUAUACUUCUAGCUGAAUAAAAUAAAAUACAUUCUUUUUAAAUAAACUGAUGAAUAAGAUUUGGGAGACCACUGCUGAAAUAUCUUGCAGUAAGUACCACAGUUGUGAAUUCUGAACUAAUAUGAAGAAUCUGGAAAUCCACUAAAUUCAGAACCAAUUUUAUUUGGGUAGAGUGAACAAAGUAGUCCCAUUUAUAACUAUGAUGUACAUCACAGUAGGCUGUUACAUUCAGACUUCAACACUUAGAAAAUAUAUAUAUUAUGUACAGGAAUUUGCAAAUAGGUGUAAACAUACAAUAUUUUAAGAUACCAGUACAUUCCAAACCAAAACUAUCAGCAAGGCAAACACCUCAAAAUUAUUCCAGUCAGCUAGCAUUCAGAAUCUCCCUUAAAUAAAGCAGCUUUCAUGCU